AUGUCUUCUGGUUCCUCCAGCUCUUCUACAUCCGCCACAGAUUCCGUGACUCCUAUCUCUGAAGGAUUCCAAACUCUUUCCAUCACGACUCCACCAGUCACGUCGACACAUAUGUCAUACUUUGGAUUCCAGACGCCACAGUAUGCUAAUGACUUUUCCAGCUACACUCCAAGUGCUGCCACGGCUUACCCAACCGCUCCAUACCCCAUGGCAACGCAUUCUCAUCUGACCAAUUUGAAUCGCUUCAGUACCACCAAUCAUUUGAGCUUCGGGAUCGCAGCAACUCAACAAAAUAUGAUGAUUUCUGCUGGAAUCGGAAGAAGGAAGCGGAGAGUACUUUUCUCUCCCCAACAAGUUCAUGUUCUGGAGCACAAGUUUGGUUCUAACAAAUAUCUGAGUGCUUCUGAUCGAGAACAACUGGCGAAAAGCAUUAAUUUGACGCCGACACAGGUAAAAAUCUGGUUCCAAAAUCAAAGAUACAAGCACAAGAGACAGGAAAAGGAGAAGAAAAUGGAUGGAGGUUGUUAUCGGCCAAACGAAGGGGAUUCCGAUUCUGAAAGGGAUAAUGAUAGUAGUGGAUCGAUGGGAUCUUCUCCGAACGUUAAGAAAGAGGUAGAUGAAGAUCACAAGGCUCCAUUCAUGAAUUCUACGAUUCCCGUGGAUACUUCAUGUGUUCCAGACAUCACUCAAUCUGCAUUCCCAUAUCAGAUGUAUCCAACGACCGGCUACAUGCCCCAAUUCUUCUAUCAACAACAAGCAACUACUUAUCCACAGACGUAUUCAAAUAUUACUGGCUUCCAGACCUUAUAA